AUAUAAAAGUAGCCAUGCGAAGAAAAGUCCAAGUCGUGGCCAAUAAUGGAAGGCUGCAUGCUGUAGAUUAAUUUCGUGAGCUCAGAAAGUAAUAAAAAAAGAGAGAAAGGAUUCAGAUCUCAGCUGAUCACACGUUUUAGUUAACACGAUCAAUGAAACGUAACAUUCAUUGUGCCAUUAUAAAUAACAAGGCUGCUGCAUAGUUGUAGCAAUAACAAAUCGACAGAUUACUACAUUCAGCAGAGAGAUUAAAUUUUUUAUUACAAUUCGAAAUCGAGAAGAUGAAGGCCUGGGUUUAUACUGAAUAUGGUCCAUCCGGAAGUGUGUUGAAACUCGAAACAGAUUACAGUGUUCCAGAGAUCAGUGAUGAGCAAGUUCUUCUCAAAGUUGAGGCUGCUGCUCUAAACCCUGUUGAUUAUAAGCGCAUGCUCGGAUAUUUCAAAGGCAUCGACUCUGCUUUACCUCAUGUUCCAGGAUAUGAUGUAGCUGGAGUUGUGGUUAAGGUAGGAAGCAAAGUUAAGAAGCUCAAGGAAGGCGACGAGGUUUAUGGCAACAUUAACGUAACACCUCUGCAUAAUUGUAAACGAUACGGAUCACUGGCAGAGUUCACCGCUGUUGAGGAGGAUCUUGUGGCUAUCAAGCCUAAGAAUUUGAGCUUUGCUGAAGCAGCUAGCCUUCCGCUUGCUCUUUCCACUGCUUACCAGGGGUUCGAGCUCGGGGAAUUCACACCUGGUAAAUCUGUCCUCAUCUUGGGAGGUGCUGGCGGUGUUGGGACCCUAGCAAUUCAGCUAGCAAAACAUGUGUUUGGCGCAUCAAAAAUUGCAACCACUUGCAGCGCUGCAAAGGCUGAGCUUGUGAAGAGUCUAGGCGCUGAUGUCGUGAUUGACUACACGAAAGAACAAUUUGAGGAGUUGCCUGAGAAGUACGAUUUGGUUUUUGACUGUGUUGGUCAGUGCGACAAGGCAGUGAAGGCGAUCAAAGAAGACGGGAAGGCAGUAACCAUAUCGGGUCAGGUGACUGCACCAGGUGUCAUAUUUCUAGUGGCCUCGAAAGCAUCCGACUUGGACACAUUGAGUCCCUACUUGGAGAGUGGAAAGGUUAAGGCUUUGUUGGACCCGAAAUCCCCAUUCCCAUUCUCUCAGACAGUCGAAGCAUUCGCGCAUCUUGAAACUGAGAGAGCCAUCGGCAAAGUUGUUGUCUAUCCUAUUGCCUAAAUGCUCACUAUUCCUAUUGCAUUCCUUUCCAAUCUUGUUACUGAGAGCCCAUUUCCUUAUGUAAUUUCCUUCAAAUGUUAUGCUACUGUUGUUUUAUUAGGAGUCUUCUGCAAAGUACAUGUUGAAAUUUAAUAACACGCACUGCUAAUUUCUUGCAUUA